CCAAUGUCAUCGUGGUGCUGAGGCUUUUGCAAAUCAAAAAUGUCUGCCUAAGGGAAACUCGUAACUGAUAUAUAGAGGAUAUUUUACCCAGGUAUUGCCGUUUAAACCCACAUUUCGCUCUUUUGAGGCGUACUGCAAGAAAGGGAGUCUUCACCAGAUCACCCUAGUCGGGAUUGUAAUCGGAAAAAGCUCGUGGCCAUGGUCAUUUCCUGUGGCACUCCGCUGUUGAAUAAAGCAGCCACGCUGUGACCUGAUGGACUGUUUUCUUCAGGUUUCUAGAUCGCCAGGAUGAAUCCUCAGCAGCGGAUUGCCGCUCUCGGAACAGACAAGGAAUUAAGUGACCUGCUGGAUUUUAGUGCGAUGUUCUCUCCACCUGUAAGCGGAGCGAAGAACAGGCCCACCACACUUGGAAGCAGUCAGUUCACUGCAUCAGGUAUAGAUGAGCGGACCAACCAAGCGUCUUGGGCCCCAGGUGGCGAGUCCAGUCCCUCUUAUGAGUCCUCCCGGGGUUUUGCUGACAGCCCUCAUUACAGCGAUCAUUUGAGUGACAGUCGAUUAGUGUCCCAUGAAGGAUUGUCCCCAACACCUUUCAUGAAUUCGAACAUAAUGGGUAAAUCGGAGAGGGCUCCAUUUCCUGGCUAUGGGAGGAAUCCUGGAGCAUCUAGCGGCCAGUCUUCUGUAAGGUCGGACGUCGGGUUGGUGAGUCCGAGUCCAGUGACUCCAUCAGGGAAGUCAGCUGCUCCUUUCUACUCCUUCACUGCAGCCAAUCCUAGAAGACGUCCUCUACAAGAUCCUCCGUCCAUCGAUCCUCUACAAACAAAAAAGGUUCGCAAGGUCCCUCCUGGCCUGCCUUCAUCUGUGUACGCACCAUCUCCAAACUCGGAAGACUUCAACAGAGAUUCACCUUCCUACUCUUCUCCUAAACCCUCCAGCAGUAUGUUUGCAAGCACUUUCUUUGAUGGUACCCACAGUUCGUCUGACCCUUGGAACUCGUCUAAUGGGAUCAGUCAGCCCGGCUAUGGGGGAAUGCUCGCCGGAUCUUCAUCUCACAUGCCACAGUCAGGAAACUACAGCAGCCUGCACUCACAUGACCGUUUGAAUUACCCCGCACACUCAGUCUCUCCAGACAUGAAUGCCAGUCUUCCUCCCAUGUCCAGCUUCGGCCGAAGCAACACUAGCACUUCACCAUUCGUCACCGCAGCGCACACCCCGUCCAUCAACUCAGCCGAUGGGGCCAUGGCAAAUCGGGGGAACCCCACUGGAAGCUCACAGACUGGAGAUGCACUGGGCAAGGCUUUAGCCUCGAUUUACUCACCUGACCACACUAGCAGUAGUUUUCCAUCCAACCCGUCGACACCUGUGGGUUCUCCUUCACCUCUGACAGCCACAGCAGGUGCUGCCUCAGCAGGUACCGCGGUGUCUGCUGCCGGCACCCCGUCUGGAAGGCAAGGUACCAACCAGUGGCCCCGCGCUGGUGGACAGAGCCCCUCCUCUCCAAAUUAUGAGAACUCCCUUCACUCACUGUCUCGAAUGGAGGAUCGUCUGGACAGACUGGAUGAUGCAAUCCUUGUUCUGAGGAACCAUGCAGUGGGCUCCACCGCCAGUCUGCCCAGCGACAUACACAGUCUGCUGGGACAGGCACAAAAUGGGCCAAUAGCAGCCCUUGGAGCAAACUUCCCUGCCUCUGCAUUGGUUCCAAGUCGGACAGCAGCGAUGGGUGGUAACCACGCUGACGAUGCUGCCAGCCUGAACAACAGCCAGGGAGGCCUGCCCAGCGUCAGCUCCACAUCCAGCACAGAACUCCACCACCAAUUGGAAACCUUCAGAGGUCUUGCUUCAGCCCUGGCUGGACAGUUGCCUGCCACCCUGGAGCUGAAGGUGGAGAAACAGGACAAGGAUGAAAUGAACGAUAACCUUUCCACCGAUGAAAAGUCUGAUGAUGAGAGCGACAGAAGAGAAAUGCGAACACCCAGAGCAGGCACACGCACGAGUUCUUUCUCCCACAGUAUCACUGAGGACGAGGACCUGAAUCCGGAGCAGAAGGCGGAGCGUGAGCGCGAGAGGAGGAUGGCUAACAACGCCCGUGAACGCCUGAGGGUGCGAGACAUCAACGAGGCCUUCAAGGAGCUGGGUCGCAUGUGCCAGCUGCACCUCAAGAGCGAGAAGCCCCAGACUAAACUGCUCAUCCUCCAUCAGGCUGUGGCCGUCAUACUUAACCUGGAGCAGCAAGUCAGAGAGCGGAAUUUGAACCCCAAAGCAGCCUGCCUCAAGAGAAGGGAGGAGGAGAAAGUGUCUGGGGGCUCCGGUGACGCCCAACAAGCCCACACGGGGGUCCAUCCAGGCCUGACUGACGCGUCUAACCCCAUGGGCCACCUCUGAGCAGCAGACAGAUCAGUGAUCCACAUCAUUUCUGUCCCGUUUGAGUCGGUGACCUUGCUUCCCAGUGACAGACAGGACUCACAGUUUGUGACACCAAUCGGAGGAGACCACUUGAAGCAAAACUACGAGACUAACACAAUCCAAUCCUACGUAAAAAGAUUGAAGAAGAGCCAAAUGUCCAGCUUCCUGUGACCAGUUUCUAUCUGCAAAUUUCUCCCCACAAAGAAAAAAAUCUCCAGCACAUAUCACCGUCUUCAAGAAGUGUUGUUGCUUCUGAACAAUCAGAGACUUCGCAAUCUCCUCUCAACCGUACGUGGAUAUUGCCUUGUGCCUAAACUGAAUUGACGAAUGCAUUGUAACAGCAAUUUGUUUUUGUUUGUCUGUUUUUUUUCUUCUAUUUAUUAUGUUAUUGAGCUAUAAAGUGUAUAUCUAAAGGGAAAGUUGAGUCAUUUCAAAGACAAGUAUGCAGCUUUUCAGUUGAUCUAUAGUUUGCCAAUGUCACCAUUAAAACAAAGCACUCCACCCUCAUAAAUCUUUGGCGAGUCCGAGAUGAGGGGAAAAUAUUUGGGCACUGAGAAGAUUAAUUUAUUGGCUAGUUCAAAGUGAUAUUUAUUUCCAACUGAAAAUGAUCUUUAACUGUUAGAAAUGAAGACGCAAGCAGCCCAUUUAAAAAAAACAAACAGAGGAUAUAUUAUUUAUAUUUAUAUUUUAUUCAUUCUGCCACUGGCCACACGUGUAACCAAAACUACCUGUUUGUUUCUGUGUAGUUUAGAUCACUUUCUAUGCUGCUGACCAGCUGAAUAAUCGGCCCGACUAAGUCAGCAUUAACAGAAUUGUCUACAAAGGUGACAGAUGAAUGGCAAACUCUAGGUUUACUGAAAGCUCAGAUGUAGUUGUGUGUUUUUUUUCCUCGGUAGUGAGCAUUCCCUGCAUAUUUUUAGUGUCUUAACUAAAAGAAAGGGCCCUUCUUGUAUAGUGUUAAAUGUAAGCAGUUACAUAUUUUUGCAGAUUCUUGUCUUUGUUUAGUCCCCUGACCGUUACAUGCUCCUGACGUCAGUACAGAAGUGGAUUUUUUUUGUAGUUUUCUCGCCACCAGCUAAUCAAAGAUUGCUUGAUUAAGGCCUAGUUUUUAAAAAACGACCACACUUUCUUCUGGCCUGAUGUACACAUCACUUCAUUUUCUUUCUGUUAAUAUCUUGAGACAUUACAUUUCAGUUAUUCUGAGUAAAAUUUCAGUUACGCUUAUUUGUGUUGUAACAAGUCAUUUCUUCCAGCAUUAUAACGUCCAGUUUCAGUCAGCGGAGAGAACUUCUAAAUUAUUUUUCUAUUAUGUUAUUCAAUAUACAAUAAGCCAGACUGGAUAUUUCAUCUAUUUUGGUGAAUAUCAUAGAACCGUAGCACAAUGAACAAAAACACGUAACAGGAUCUUCUUUUAUGUUUGAAGACAUUGUUCAUGGCUUUAUUUUGUUUUCCCUAUCAGUGUGCAUGCUUUAUGUCUUUGGUCUUAAGACUUGCUUUGUAUCCCUUUUAUUUCUUUGUAUAUUGUCUUCUAUCAUUUGCCACACCUUAAACAAGGCUUUCAGAAUUAAUUUUCUGUACAAAAAAGGGACUUAAAUUAGAAUAAAGGAUGCCACACCAAGAGUUUACAUAAAAGAUUUAUGAUUUAAAAAUGUUUUUGUGAAGAAAAAAAAAACAUAACAUAAACACCUAAACCAUAUUUGUGUAAUCUCUGACUGAAUGUGGCCUUGUUCUUCAUUUCAGUAUUUCAGUAUUAUUUCAGUAGCUUGUAUUAAUAUUGGCAGACUUUGAUUGAGGAUAUAAUAUAUGUCACUUCCUGCUCUCUUUUUUUAAUUUUCUGUUCUUCCUGUAUUACUUUGCUCCUCUAAUUGCCAAGUUAGACUUUGCUGUAUUUCCAGAUGCUUUCCCGUGUAUAAUAUAUGAGAAAAACAGAAAAUCAAAAGAAAAAAAACAUUUGGCUUAUUUUUCACUGUAGUUAGUCUUUUAUACAAUAAUACUCUAAGAAUAUUUCUUGAAUUCUAAAUAUUACUCUUUCUAGAUUUUUGAAAGCAAAAGUUUUGAGUAAAAAGUUUCUUACUUUAUUUUACUAUAUUAGAUAGUAAAACGUACAGUUAUUCACAAUAGCCUGUCCAUUAUUACAAGACAUUUACAAAUGGCAUCUCGUGAGCAUAGCUGAAUUGUUGCUCGUAGUCUAGUACUUCAAAAGGCUUCGUACGAGCUCCAGAUUCCUAAAAGUGCGACCUCCAUCUUAUUUUUCAGUCUCUCGUUGUCGAUUGAUAAAAGAUUUGUUCUUGUGUCAAAUGAAAAGCUAUUGUUGAUGCACAUCAAAAACACGAGAAUUUGAAUUUUCUGUCUUUUUCCAACAGAAAAACACAAUGUAUAUAACAUUUAUGUUGCAAUAAAUGUGCCAUCUUUUUUUAAACUCAA